AUAACGGAUACUUUCGGUGUUUAUCCACCAAUUUCAUGAAAGUAAACAAACUGAAUUUUGGGUGAAAAUGUUGAUUUUUAGUAAGUAAUCGACGUCAGAUAGAUGUUACUUUUGCUAUGGAGGGAGCAGAGAACAGAGCAAUUCAGGCACGUGAUGUGUAUGUGUUGAUGAAAAAGGACUACCGAAUUUCCAGAAAUAUCAGAGCAUUAUGGUUUUUCCAGCAUCUUAAUACAUCUUUAGAUUUUGAACCACAAGAACAUCUGGUUGACACAUCUGAUGAGUUACAGGUUGCCUCUGUCGUGUCUGACGAUGGUACACAAUGUGUGCUGGGACAGAAAUAUAGUGUGGCGCUGUUGCCCAGUACCAUGGUGACAUUUAUAGCUCGACGUUACAGAUUUGUUAUUAUACUUGAUGUCAGUCCGUCUGUCAGCUCAGUGGAUACUAGCAAUUGUUCUGUACUGUAUGAAAAAGUUCACACAACUCUGUCUAACUUUCUGAGAGGACUCGUUCUGCCAUUUCAGAUUCCAGGCUCGACAGCAAUGCUGAGUCCAGAAAUUCACAUAACAGUGAUAGCUUAUACACCUGUCAAAAGUUUUACCUUUAAUCAGGUGUUGGCUCAGGGACUGGUGAUAACAUUUAGUAACAUUGAUAAACUGCUAGCGGAGAUGGCCAUCAAAUUAAAAAAGUUUGAAUCCACAUUAGCUGAUAAUUUCAAAACUUGUCUUGAAAAUACAAACUGUAACUUUGCAAGUAGUUACUAUGAUGUACGUCAAGUACAGGUGGAGCCUAUAGGACCUCAGUUAUCAAAGGAUAAUGAUAUAAUAAACAAUCCAGAGGCUGGCAUCGUCAAUAUGAUUAGAAGUGGAAUGAUGGCCUUACAACUGUUACCUGAAAACUCCAGUGCAGGUUUGGUGGUGAUAACAGAUGGUUGCCUUGGUGUACCUAAUGCUAACCUGUUUGAGUUUUUAUUAACUCAGUUAAGGACAAGCACUAUAGCAUGUACAUUUCUACGUAUCGGUGAAACUCGGACACCGUUUGGACAUUUUGGCCAUAUACCUCAUACUGAACUGAUGCAGUUUAUUUCAACAGCUACAUUUGGAUCUUAUUUCGAUACUUGCCCAAAUGUGGCUGGACAUGAGUCAAAGUUACCAAAUAUGUACCAUAAAGCAAUGUUCUUUUGGAGUUUUCAAAGAGGUUUAGAGGGGUUCAGGUUUGACCUAGGUGACCAGCUUGUCAUGGCUCAACAAUCCUCAUCACCAGCCCAAUUUGUUCAGAGAUUGCUGUCUCACCCAGUUCAUGGUAAUAUGGCCAGCGUGAUGCAAAAUGAACGAAAACAUCACUCCAGUACUAAACUGAACACAUCGUUGUUUAGUGUGCUGUCAGUCAGACUGAGGGAAGGUUAUACUAUUAGAGAUAUUGCUAUAACUAAAGGUGAGACUCAGUUAGAUGUUAGACUUGUGUUGCCAUGGAGAGAGUAUGCCAGGUUUGCAUAUCUUGUCAGAGCUGCAUGGCCUCUAGAUAACAACAGGCCAUUGACUCAUACAGAAAUCACAAUAGAAGGCAGUUAUGAUUUUCUUCAUGACAUUACAUGCAUUAAGAAUAAAACCAGUACAAUGAGUGGCUUCAGAGCUGCUAAUGUGAAGAAAUUCUGGCAAGUACUGCAGGGAUUGUCGCAAACUGAUCAAUUACUGGUGCACUUACAGUCAUUCUCAAUGAAACCAGAGUAUUACACAUUACCUGGCAGUAUAAAAGAAGGCGUUCCAUUGUUCUAUCUCCCUUUACCUAACUCUGUUACUCCUACACUUAGUACACAGCUCAACUCAAAGGAUACAGUUUUGAACCAGUUUGCUUCAUUUUGGAGGCCUGUUGUCAACCUGGACAUCAAAAUAUGGCAAAAGUGGAUGCACACUCACAGAAUUGGAUUGGUGUUGGAGCAUGAUAUAGGAGUGACCAAGCACAUUCACAUCCCUAGUUCAAGUUUUAGAUACACUAUGGUCAUGUGUAGACUGGCUUCAACCUCACUCAACUUAUUCCUCUCUUCCUGGAGUACAUUUAUACUUCUAGAUAGUCAAUCUUAUAUCAAACUUAUUUACGAAAAUGAUGAAGACAAAACAAAACAGAAGCCUCCAUCAUCAUUUCUGUUGAUACGUAUAACAUCAAAACCUCCAUGUCUGGUGCUACGUCUUGCCUUCCUGGGGGGAACACCUGGAUAUCUUAGAUAUGAACUAGUGAAAGAACUCAAACAGAAGGUUGCUGAACUCAAGUUUCCUAAAAGAUUUUCUAAGAGUGACAAAGAUAGGAGAUCAGCUCUUGUCAGUAAAGAGAAAGAUACAGUUCACAAGCCACCAUUGGCACGGGAAUGGUCUCAGAUGAAGUGUUGUGUACUUCUAGUCAAACCAGUAGAAAGUAUUCUUAUCAGAUACGAAAAAGUACCACAUGACAUGACAAAGUUAGAAGCCCAGGCCACACCAGAGGUAUCUCCAUUUUUACCUUAUUCUAGUCAGCCGAAGAAUAAAUCGGCAGCAAACCAGUACAAUUCUCUGUCAAGAUACCUGUUACAUCAGAGAUGGAUCUGGACAUUACAACAAGCUGGUGUUAACAGUAUCUCUAUGUCAGGCAUUGGACGUAUCCUCUCUACAUUAACCAAAAUGCGUAUACAGCAGGGUUUCCAUUUUGGGUACACAAAUCAGGGUAUUGUUAACAUGAUGGUUGAAUUAGAUAUGAAGGAUCCAGAAAGUGGUACAGAUUCUACAGUGAAAUCCAAACAGAAGCCAACAUGUGUUGUACAAUACAUUCUCUUCCCUCCAUACACUAAAACUACAUCAGACAGUUUAAGUGAUGAUGAUGAGGAAAUGGAAUCAACAGAGGAUGAUGGGAUACUACAGAUUAUCAUGGAAUGCUGGGUAGAGCCUCAACAUGGUGUUGCCAUUAACAACACACCAGAGAGAGAACAGUUUGAGGGAAUCACAUGUAAUCAAAUACCCACAGUGUUAUUUCCCCAAGACCUGACUUGCAUUUCCAGUCUGCUGACAUUUGAACAUUUAUCAUACCUGUGUCAGAAUAGCAUUAUACCAGUUGAUCUAGACAGUAUUGUCAAUACAAGUGUUCAUCCUGGAUCAAAUAUAUCACAGUUGUCACCUACUGUCAAACAUAUAGACUUCCCCUUUGAUCUUCUCUCAUUGUUACCCAGAAGUCAACAAGCUGAACUGUUAUACCCAACAUACACUUAUGGAAGCAAAACAGGAAGUGGAGAGUUUGGCAGGGAGGCUAAUGAUCUGUUAUAUAACCUCCUUAUUGAAGAGUUAUCUGGCAGUUAUCACAGACAGGUCCAUCUUUCACAAGGACAAAGCUGUCACCUCUUACAACAUAUACUCUCAAGAGAUAGAUCAACUGAAACUUACCCAUUCCCUUUUAAAAUUGAAAAACUGAUCUCAUUGGCUAAAGAAAAUAAAUCUGACAAAUCCAACCAAUCAAAGUCUCAGACAACAAAUUCAAAAUCAAAUGUCAGUCAUUCACAAGCCAACUCUGUUUCCCAAGGAGCCAAAAAAGAUAGUGCAGGUGUUUCCAAGCCUGAUAAAGUUCCAGAAUGGAAAUGCUUCAUUAAAGGUGGUGAUGCUAGCUCUCUUACACUAACUUUUAUUCCUGCUUCCUUUAAGGAUGUAAUACUUCUAAAUGAAUCAAAUAAAGAUUCAGAUUCUGCAGAGGGCGACAUCAAGACUGAACCAGUUAGUGACCAAACCAGCAAGACUGAUAAAAAGGGUGAUAAAAAUUGUAAACCUUUGGAUAAAGUUGGAGAGGGCAGUGAUGAACUAGGUAGUAAAACGGAAGAAAAUGCUCAAAUACCAAAAGAUUCAAGUGCAAUAGACAGUAGUGUAGAUGCAGGUCACAAAGAUGAAAAAAGUGAAACAGUUAAUACUCAACCAGAAGAGAUUAUUGAUCCAAAAGUUGAUGAGAUAAAUAACAAAAAGACCCUCAUUGUUCCAGUUUAUAUAUAUGACUGUAUAGUUCACAAUGUGUUACAGUCCCUUAUUAAUCCCUGGGACUAUCAGGCCCCUGCUGACAUUUACCAGGAUAUGACCUUUGACCCAGUCAGUGAGCAGAAUGAGCAAAGUGGGUUGUCUAGCCCAAGAUCUCUGAAAAGAGUGUCAUUUAGUGUAGAAAGUUUUAAAGAUGACCUUGAACCAGCUUGGAGGUUAUCAUGGAGGUCACAGGAGAGAAGGUCAACAGAGGGAUCAUGUGACGGAGGGGAAAACCUGUGGCAGCAGUGUUCAUCAUUGUCAGAAACAUUCUAUAACUGCUAUGUUAAAGGUGUGUUUCAAAGCUUGCAGAAAAGUUUUACCAUUGACAGCCAAGAUGUUGAUGCAGCCAUAAAUAAUAUCUGUGAAGAGGCCCUACCCUUAGAGAGUAACAUGACAACAUUUCUACAUGCAUCAUGUUGUCACUUCCAGCACCUCGUAAAUGAGGCCCGAAAAGAUCAGGAGAGACUUAAUGAUCAAAGUUCUGCAGUGAUAGACGAUGUUAAACCUCACUCUGUCAGGUUUAUGGAUAUACUUGAUGAUACUGAUGGAGAUGCACAAAGUGAUCAAAUGAAAAUACCAUCAGUACUUGAGUUACCUAAAGUGACGUUGACAUUAGAUCUAUCAUUACUUCACCUAGAGCUACCUUGUGAGCCAUUAAAAGACCUUCACCAGCUGAUCAAGGACAAAUUCCUUGAUACUGUACAGAAAUGGUUCCGACAGGUUCCAUCUAGUCGUGACUACUAUUUCUAUUGUCCAGAAGCUGCUCAGAGUGAAGGAGAAUUGUCAGAUGAAAGGGAGACAACUACGUCAGAAGCUGUUCAUGGAGCAGCGGUUGGCACAAUGCCAGAAUCUGAUGGUAACAUGGCAAUGGACAGACUCAGUCUGGCCAUGAGAAGUGACAGGAUCUCUAACACCUCUGUACUAGAUUCCGAGGAGUCUAUGGAAGAUGAUGCCAUCCUUGACCUUGACAUUACCCAGGAUGAUCGAAGUGACCAGUCUCCAUUGUUUAUAAACUUUACAUGUACAGUGAAAAGUCGUCUGCAACAGUACAGUUUGUCACUGCGUAACAUUGCUGUUUGUAUUGGAGAACUUUCAACAAUACUGGAAAAGUUUUCUGAGGUUGAGCUCAGUGACCUCAAGAUAACCUUUGAUCUUAAUUGUUUGACCUUGCCCUGUGACCUUGAAGUAGCAUCACCAAAGAAACCGUCAAUGUUAAGAAUGUUAUCAAACACUAGCGCAACAUUCGGGUCAUCGUCAGGCUCAGAAGUUGAAGACAGGGGAAGUGAAUCUAUGAUUGAUAUGAAUCAUUUGAAGGACCCAAUAAAUCAUCUACCACAGAGACAACAUGAUGCUGUCACCAAAUGUAUGGAGGAGAUUGAGUGGCUGUUACAUGAUGAGAUUGUAUCAAAUUUGAGACACAUAUCGCCUAUCACAACUGAUGCCCUUAACUUUGUUGCCAAACAUAUACAGUGUACUAGUGGAUUAGGCAAGGCUAAUGUCAGUGUAGAAACUGUACCUUUACAGUUUGUGUUUGGAUCAGAACAAAGCAAUGAAAAAUUUACAGAGGAAUUCCAAAAGAUGUCAUUCAAGAAUUACCAGUUAAACAAAGAGGAUGAGUGGUACUAUUUGUCCAAGAAGCGUAUUAAUGCUUUCACCUAUGUUAAUGCAUCAGUACUUAGUUCUGCUCUUGUAGAAUUAAGUCAGUGGAGUGGAAAACAAGGCUCCUCUACUAAAGUUUGCUCUCCAAGCUCUGUGUCGGAACUUACUGACACAAAAUCAGCUAAAAAUCUGUCCCCUCUCAGUGUUAAUGCUAAAGAGAAAAGUUUUGAUAUUGGUGGAGAACAUGUAGGCUGUUCUAGUCCUUUGACAGUAAAAUCUGAUGGAUACAUUGCAUCAGAAGUAAAAAGACACAGUCUAGAGUCUAAUCUAAGUUUAGAGAAGAGAACAUCAACAGAAGGUCUCAACUUGGAAAAUGUUAGUUUAAUUAACAGACGGAAAAGUAAGGAGUUAGUGUUGAAAAUGAUACAAAGUAGCAAGGAUAAUAUGUCAGAUAGGGAGAAAACACAAGUUAGUUGUGAACAGGCCGGAAAAGUGGAGGAGAAAGCAGAUUCCUCUGCUGCAGAUAGUUUGACUAACCUUAAACAAGACACUGAAACUCAACAAAAGAGUGAUGGCUCUAAAAUUGCUGAUGAGAGCUCACAGAAUCCUAGUAAUCUUUUACAAACGGAAGGAAAAUCAGUUGUUUCUCCAACUUCAUCAUCAGUGUUUGAUUCACCUACUACAGGAAGUAUUUCAUUUUCUGUGUCUGGGACAGGAAGUCAUGUGACCUCUGCUGUCCAAUCACCUGUUAUAUCUGAUAUUUCUAUACAGCUGACAAAGACCGAUGGUCGUUGUGAACCAUUCAGAACGUCUCCAGAAAGAACUUGUGCCAUGGAAAACAUGUUAGAUGAUGAAUUUGACAGAACAGAUUUGGAGAAUGAAGCUGUGUUAAAAAGGUGCUCUAGUUUUGCUGGUUUCAGAUCACAAGAACCAUGUGUUCCCACAAAACAGGACUCUGAGAUCGAAUCUCAGGGUCCUUCGCCAAUGAAAGCUCAACAACACUCUCUCAUUGGACCUCAGGGACGGGCUCGUCACUGCUCGGCCCCUGUAUCAGGUCAGGGAACACCUAGGAGUAAAGUAUCAGCGUUACCAUAUACCCCAUCUUGUAUAUCAUCAAGGGGCUCAUUUACAGAAGAUGGUGCAUCAUAUGAUGGAGAUAUGAGUGAGAUGGACGACAGUGCCACCAUGUUCAGUGAGAGCGGGGUCAUCACACGUCUUAUGCCCAACUUCUGGCUCAUUAUGCAUAUAAACUUUAAUGCUGUAGAUAUCAACAACAUUGAAAUGAACACUGUUGAUAUACUCUUCCAACACAGGGAGACAGGUAAAGAAACUAAUGAAGAGACAUUGGAGUUACGGAAUCUUCUAACACAAGUAAAGACUAACGUAGAAACAACUUGUCGCAGAGUUAAUCAGCAACUGUUGUUGAAUGACCUGUAUGAGACUCGUAUGUGUCAUAAUCUACUGGUGGAUGCUGCCGAGGAGGAAGUCUCCUGGAAACUUGAUAGUGAUAACAGGAUCAAACCUAUACACCCCAAUAAUCCCAGCAGCUCUGAGAAUGAUGAUGACGAUGAUGAUGAUACAUUUGAGAGGAAGUACCUCCAUGCUGCCAUGAACCUUGACCCUGGAUAUUUUGAUUGUAAAUUAGUUUGGCAAACAAAGCUGAACAUUCACCCUGGUCUUAAAAGAGGAUCUGGUAGGGGCUCCACCAUGUCAUUAGGGAUGAAGGCUUUGAGGUCACAGUUGAACCCAUUAUCAGUCAACAACAGAAACAACAUGUUUGUCAUCAAGGAAACAACAACGGAAAAUGUUUUUUAUCUCAGAUUAAAGGAGGUACAAUCAAGCAGUGCUAGAUCAACUGUAGUGUUAGAUGAUAGUUCAGAUACCUUGACCAUGUCUGGUGGUCUGAAACCUCAUGAACAAGAUCCUGAUACUGUGUCCAUGAGUUCGUCAAACAGUACAUUGUCCCUGUCCCAGCUACAGAAAAUAAGUCAACAAGACUGUGUUGAGCUCAGUGUACAUGGCAUUGAUGAUGCAGGCAAAGAGAUUAAGGAAGAUCUGAUACAGAUGUUACAGAACAAGUUAGAUGAAGCCACACUGGAGAAACUGUGUGAGAUGUUACGACGUAAUCCCCAGUGUCAGCUGGAUAACUUUGAUGUACAGUUCAUACAAAAACCAGGUCAGGAACCAGCAGAUAUUUUACAUUUGACAGUGUCAAAUAAAGCCAGUCCCCAGCUUGCAGCUAUAAUGUAUUAUCUAAGACAGAAUCUACUACAAUUUUUACAUCCACCAAAGUACAAAUCUUCCUUGGCUGAACAUCAGUUUAUGGAUACUUUUGAUGGAAAGUUAUCUACCAUACCCACAGACCAGGCAUUCUUAUAUAUACCACCACACACUGCAAGAAAAACUGGUAUAUCAGUAAUCAGUUGGUUUUUGGAACCCAGAAGGAUUUUUUUGUUCUUCCCAAACUUUUUGAAAAAACCAAACAGUAAACGACCAGGUCCAACAGCUUUGAUACAGUUCCACAUCUGGCAAGUUGGUGAUGUAGAUAUCCCCGUGUUACAGGAGAAGCUGACUUUAGCAUUGAAACAUGCACUAUGUGAUGUUGUGAUGGAAUACCACAUACUGACAGCUCCGUUAUGUACGGUGCCAAAACAUCUAGUGGAUGUGCUCCCUCCCCCACCCACUUAUUCUGCACCUACCUCACCUUUUCAUAGCAUGCUGCCAGCAGGUGAUGCUACUGUAUUAGAAUGUGAAGAUUUUCGGGAGAGAAAAUUAUCUAUGGUGUUGAAGAAACCUUCAGAGACUCAGCGAGGUCUUGACCGCCGGUCAUCAUUGCAGAAUCCAUCCAGAUUUCAAGCUUUAAGAGAUGCUUUCAUAAAUUCUUCAAAGAAAGUUAUGUCCCCUACACCGGACAGUAAGAUUUUUGAUCUGCCAGGACCCGAUUCUGGUCAUGGGUCAAAGGCGAGUUCCCCUAUGCCAGACAAGGUGAUGAUUAGCAACCCCCACAGAGCAGAACUAGGGAACAUAGUGAAUCAGUAUGAAAGUGGCGACAGAGGAACUUUACAUAAAAUAUAUUCUGAUAUGAUGGAAGACUGGCUUGUAUUCUGUAGUCAACUAGAGGCACCAUCAGUUAACAAAUUAAACUUGACACUAAAGUCACGGUUCUCGUUAGACUAUGUAUUACAAGAGUUCCAGCACAUAGUGUCCAGAAUGAGUCAAACAAUGCAUACAAAGGUUUAUAAAAUGUUACCUAAAGAAGAAGUUGACGAGGAUUCAAAUAUUGGUGUUCUCUAUGUACCAAACAGAUCUCCUUUUGAGACUGGAAGACGCAGGUCAGAGACCUCCCUGGACAAUAGCAGACCACAGACACUUACACCUGGAGUAGACAGACAUUUUGCUGCUAUAAGUCGUGACUUUGAACAGUGGUAUACUUUUAUACAUCAUCCAUAUGAUGAGGAAGAUAAUCCUGAACAAUCAUCCAGUAUUAAAGGAAAGCAUGCUUCACAGAAGUUCGCAGCUCACAUUCCAUCGGUAACAGAAGGUAAAACAUUUGGAAUGUUCUCAGAGUCGACAUCGUUAAUUCCACGUCAGAGAUUCUUACUUCUCUCAUUGAAAAACAAAGAGAUAUGGCUGUAUGCUUACAACUUGACAAAUGAGGCAUUCUCAACUUUAUCAAAGCACAUGAUAAAAUUAGUACAAUGGAACAAUUGUCGUACACACCUGUUAUCUAAUGUUGUCACACAGAAAUGUGGACUGUUUAACCACUACAUGUAUGGUAAUGCUGCGUGCAAUAUGGAGAAAAUGACACAGCAGACAGACUCCAUUGAUCAGCUGAUCAACUGUCCAGCCCCACCCCCACCAAAUAAGGAGAAGUUAAAUCGUACACAGAGUUCGUCUUCUGUCAGGGAGACAUACCUUCCAUUUGACGUUACAUUUAAAGACUUGUACCCGAACAAGCCACUCCAUGUGUCAUACCUGGCUCCUCAUACUGACUACGUGAAACAAUAUGGCCAACAAGCUCAUGACAUCAGACUUGAUCAUAAGAGACAAUUUGACAAGAUCCACAAUAUUAGCAGGUUGUAUGUCAUGUGGGUACAGAAAAUGUCACCUAAUUAUCCAAUAUCUGAAUCUAUUAUGAAGCAAUUAAAGCAGGCUUCUAGACUGUUUCAUUACUGUGCCACACCAUUACUAUUUAGUGCUAAAUGGCGUAAAAAUGUCCUUGAAAAAUACAAGGUCACUCAGCAAGACACCCAGAAUGUGAUUGUGUCCACAAGCACUCCUGAUACCAAAACUAGAUCCAGACAUGGAUCUGGGACCUCUACAGGAAGUGUCAGAACAAAGCGUACAGACAGUAACGAGUUGAAGAAAAGACCUUCACUUCAGACGUUCAAGGAGUUCCAGUCUGACUCCGAGGACAGCAUCGGAGAAGAUGAAUGGCAUUUAGAGAUGAGGUCCACAUUUAUAUACCAGUAUAUUAAAUAUCUACAAACUAUUGGCUUCCAUUAUGUACAGAUGGAUAAGUCUCAAGACAAGGGAAAAGUAAAGAAAAGAUCAGCAAUGCCAAAUGAGAACACAAACACUGGGGAGAUAGAAAUCAAGGCUACUGAUACACAUAAUCUACAGAAGACCGUAUCAGGCGGGGUUCUCCUCAUAGAAAUCAGCUUCCGUGAAGAGUAUUUCUGUGUGAAACUGUUCACAUGCGAUCAUAACAAACUGGGCAUCACUGUCAACCAGCAGCUGAAGUUACUAUUUGUUGAUGAAUGUGAAAAGUGUAAGCAUGUGAUCCAUGUACACUCUUUUGCCCAUGAUUUUCAUCUUAGAUGUAUACAGUCGUAUAUUAGUGGUCAACAUGAUAUAUUCAAGCCAGGGUACUAUUUGUCUGGUCUACUCAAUGAUUUUGUCAAGGUGUAUGCAUAUGCUCCUAGUUUCUCCAGAAAUUUCCUACAGAGAGAGGUUGUGAGUAUCCCUAAGCCAUCAUGUUCUAGUAAAGACUUAUAUGAGUACAUGUUACAACAUGCCAAACUUCAUCAGAUGUCUAUGUUGAAAAUGACCUUACCACCAGAAGUUGAUAAUACCUUGGAUGGUUCCUCUAAAAACCAUGAGUUUGCAUUAAUAAGUCAUGAAGUUCGGGAUGUUUCUGCCUCAGAUCCUAAAUCCACCUCCCCAAAGAAAAUGGAAGCAUACAACAUUGGUUUGGUGAUAUUACAGGACUGUCCGACUACGAGCAGUGGGGGAGGGCAGACUGGAGGGACAUCUGACCCUCCUCUUACACUACAGUUUUAUAUGAUAUUAACCAGUUCAGAGACAUUGUUCCCUAGACAAACACUGGACAGAGAUAGAGGAGUGUUAUUAAGCAGAAGUCAGUCUACAGGUGAAAAAAGGAUUUCUGGUGAUUUGAAGGACCAGAUAACAGUAAAGAAAUCAGUUAGUGUAAGAGAACAGAGCACAAAUUAUCUUGGUUUCUCUAACAAACAUCAACCUCCGAUGUAUAAACUGUUACAGAAAGAAGCUCUUGUUGUCAGAGAAAAGAUAGAGAAGAUGGCAGUAGCAUCUAUGGACAAGUGUAGACGAGACACUCUAUGGACGAGAAUGUUGUUUAGUAAAGCUGAUGAACAGAGUGCCAAGAAAAAAAGUGAUGCAGAUUCAUCAAAAGAUCUGGAAAAGUUGACAUUUGAAGAGUUCCAGGAAAUGUUAAAAAGAGUUCACAAGGUACCUCUACAUGAGAUUGAUCCUAGGCUGGUUCCCUUUGUUCACAUGUCAACAGCCUGGUACCAAGGAUUGGCUCAAGUCCUGACUAACAGCUACCGGUACACAGAUUACUUUAAGAGAUGUUUCGUUAAUCCCGAGAACAGUGCCGAGCAGCAUUAUAUAAUAAUCAACCCAAAGUUUGUAGAUUUGUUAAUGAUGUUGUCAGUGGACAGUGUAUCAGGGAAAACUGGUCUGUUUGCUGUGUUUAGAAAACCUGCUAAAGAACAAGAGUGUAUCCUUCCAGGAAGUCAAAGUCUUCCAGAGCUGAGUGUUCAAAGUCACAUGGAACAGUUCAUAAAUACAUGUUGUUUUCACAUGUGGAGUUCUAUGUUAUAGUCCACUAAGACAGUUAAUAUUAUUAAAAUGUGUAACUUCCAUAUGUUGUGUUCUUUGCUAAAGUACACUGAACAGUUUAUAACACAUGAUGCUUUCGUUUAUCGAGUUCUUUGGUGUAGUCCACUGAAACAAUUCAUAUACAUGUCUUACCUUCGCAUAUGAAGCUCUAUAUUAUAGUUCACUGGAUCAGUUACUUUAAUAAUGUUGAAUUCUUCUAUAAUAAGUAGCCAAGUAUUUUUAACCACAAGUGUGUCUUUAGUUAAAGGGUAUAAAACACUUGGUUAAUAUAUAUUACAUGUAUGUAUUUAUUCUAAAUUAAUGUGACUUUCACUUGUUAUUUUUAAUGUUUGAAACUUUUAAACAUGAAGUCUAGUUGUAUACAUUACAUUAAGGAUAGUGUCUGUAUUUCUUUAGUUUAUAAACUAGUCACAUGAUAUAGGAAAUCAUAUAAUAAUAAUGUAAACUCUGACAGACAUUUUGAUAAUUUGAUAUAUGUGUGUGAUGGUGUUUAAUGGUGCUUUCAAAUUAUUGUUAAUAAUAUAAUUUUGUGUGUAUUG